AUGCCUCAUAAGGGACGGGUGUGCCUUCAAAGCGUACCGCUAACUUCUCUUGCCGUAGACAAACUCGCCGAGACAAAGAAGCAAGAGGCUGCUAUGCAUGAGGCAAUCAAGUCUCAGCAGCACCAGCAGAAGCAAGCUAAGGAGCAGUUGCUGCACGAGCAGGCUAGGCAGUACAAGGCCGAGCGAGAGUACAAGCUCGAGCUUGACCCCCAGGGCAAGCACAGCAAGAGGGCCAUAAAGGAGCAGCGCGAGCUGCUCAAGCACGCGGAGAAGGCUGCUACCGGCGCUAUGUGCGAGCACGGGGUCCAGCGCUGCAAGAUAUGCUUCCCCCACCGCGACGAGGCCAAGAAGCAUAUUGAACACGAGCGCAGCCCGGCGCUGGGCAGCCCCACAGAGGUGGACGAUGACGAGUAA